AUGAGUACGAAAUCAAACGGGAGUGCCAAUGGGGGCCGACCCCGCUCCCUCUACGAAGAGUCGGAAGAGGAACGACACGAACUUAAACUAGACAGUAUAAUAUCGAAACCAAAAACGCCAACUUUUGUGUACGUGUUGACAUUUUUCUCGGCCCUAGGAGGAUUCCUGUUCGGGUAUGACACUGGUGUCAUAUCAGGGGCUAUGAUUUUGCUGAGGAAUGAAUUCAAUUUGUCGUCUGUUUGGCAGGAACUUAUUGUCAGCGUCACCGUCGCUGCUGCCGCCGUUUUCGCCCUAAUAGGUGGUUGUUUAAAUGACCGGCUUGGGCGUAGGCCUGUGAUAAUGAUGGCCAGUAUAGUGUUUACCAUUGGGGCAGUUUGCAUGGCAGUUGCUGGGGAUAAGUAUCUCUUACUUACCGGAAGGGUGAUCGUGGGAGCUGGCAUAGGUAUGACAUCGACAACAAUCCCGAUGUACUUGGCUGAAUGUUCUCCAGUUCAUAUUCGAGGUCGACUUGUGUCAACAAAUAUUGCUAUGGUUGCUUGUGGACAAUUCGUAGCAAAUGUCGUCGACGGCAUCUUUGGAUGGGAUGAAUCGACAGGAUGGAGGUAUAUGCUAGGUCUUGCUGGUAUCCCGUCAUUCCUGCAGUUCCUCGGUUUUAUAAUGAUGCCCGAGAGUCCUAGAUGGCUCAUUAUCAACCACAAGGACGAGCGGGCACGGAGAGUGCUACAGACAAUGAGGGGACAACUGGACAUUGAAGAAGAAUACGAGUCAAUCAAAAGCAGCUGUCAGGAAACAGAAGUGGAGGAACAAAAACGAUCAAAGAUGCCUAUCAUUAUCCAAAUGAUACAAACACCAUCCAUCCGACGGGCUCUGAUCGUGGGAUGCAGUUUACAGCUGUUUCAGCAGGUCGCUGGAAUCAAUACAGUUAUGUAUUACAGUGCUACAAUCAUACGGAUGUCGGGAGUGAAGGGAGACGAAACGGCUAUUUGGCUGUCUGCUGUUACUUCUUUCGUCAAUUUUGUUUUCACCAUUCUUGGUUUAUACUUGGUUGAAAAAAUUGGAAGACGUGCUCUAACGCUUGGCAGUCUGAUAGGUGCUGUUAUAAGCUUAGCUUGGCUGGCCAUUGGUUUCCAUCUCUCAGCUCUCUACACACCAGCUGUUACUAAUAUAGAAAGUGUAUCGGCCAAAUCUCCUUGUUCAACACUAACAACCUGUAAUCAGUGUAUGAGAGCUCUGGAGUGCGGAUAUUGUUAUUUAGACAAUAUAAGAGGACCAUUAAAUAGUUCCUGUUUACCGACCGACUACGAGGAUCCUUGGCAAUCUACAAUUGGUCGAUGUAAUACAACAUCUUUGGCUGGAAACCUAACAUGGGCGUAUGACUACUGUCCGACUGAUUACUCAUGGAUGCCAAUGGCGGGAUUAGUUCUCUAUCUUAUAUUCUUUGCACCCGGUAUGGGACCCAUGCCAUGGACUAUAAAUUCCGAAAUAUAUCCUUUAUGGGCAAGAAGCACUGGAAAUGCUGCUUCAACAUUUACAAACUGGAUAUUUAAUCUUGCCGUCUCUAUGUCUUUUAUAAGCCUUACCGAAACGUUAACGAGACAGGGAACGUUUUGCCUUUACGCGGGGAUGGCGUUAAUAGGAGUCAUAACGUUAGGCUUUUUGCUACCUGAGACAAAGGGAAAGAGUUUGGAAGAAGUAGAAGGUCUCUUUGCUCAACCAUGGUGCAGCGGAGGACAACCGAUUAGCUACAACACAAAAACAAUUCAAUAUGUACACAUACGUGGUCUUAAUAGAGAUGGUCGAGAAUCUGAAUUAGACUCUCCAGAAUGA